AUGGGUGUUCAUCAAAUAGCCAUCAUUCCAGAGUUGCCCGAUGACACAACUGGCCAUGCCGAUGGAAUGCUUAUGUGGGUGAGCAAUGACAAGAUUCUUUUAUCGCAAGCUUCUGAACCACAGAGAACACAGAUUAUGGGUGAACUCGAAAAAUCUUUUCCGGGUGUCAAGAUUAUUGAAAUACCUGAUUAUUAUCAAUAUGCUACUUGGAAAGGUUUCACUUCUGCCUGUAACAUAUUUGUCAAUGCCAUCGUAACUGAUCAAUACCUCUACAUGCCAACAUUUAAUGGUCCUCAUGAUACAUCAAUGUUCGAUUUAAUUCAAUCUCAUACAAUUAAGAAAGUAAUAGCUGUACCAGCUGAGAAAGUUUGUUUCAUGGGUGGCAGUGUUCGUUGUCUUAGUUGGCAAGUAAAAGGAGAAUUGAAGAAAAAGAUUUUAAAUUUGGCUUGA